CUGGCCUAGAAGGGCGCAGGGAGCUGAAGGUAACUGAGUGGCAGCGAUCGAGUCCCGGGGAAGUCUGUCACGGAGUCACCGUGAAAAACACCAUCAGCCACAAAAUGCCGAAUAAAACUAAAAAGGAAAAGGAGCCAACCAAAUCUGCCAAAAGCAGCACUAAAAACAGUAAUGCCAACACUGGGAAAGACACAGGAACUGAAAAUGCAGAUGAGGCCCAGCAGCAGCAGACAGCCAGCAAGCGUCCCAGCAACAGCACCCCGCCGCCCACCCAGCUAAACAAGAUCAAGUACUCUGGCGGCCCCCAGAUCGUCAAGAAGGAGCGCCGCCAGAGCUCGUCACGAUUCAACCUCACCAAGAACCGGGAGCUGCAGAAGCUGCCUGCGCUCAAAGAUGCGCCCCCUAUCGACCAGGAGGAGCUGUUUGUGCAGAAGCUGCGGCAGUGCUGCGUGCUCUUUGACUUCAUCACGGACCCCCUGAGCGACCUCAAGUACAAGGAAGUGAAGCGGGCCGGCCUGAACGAGAUGGUCGAAUACAUCACACACAACCGCGACGUGGUCACGGAGUCCAUCUACCCCGAGGCUGUCAUCAUGUUUUCAGUGAACCUGUUCAGGACGCUGCCCCCGUCCUCCAACCCCACAGGAGCUGAGUUUGACCCAGAGGAGGAUGAGCCCACGCUGGAGGCAGCCUGGCCCCACCUGCAGCUGGUGUAUGAGUUUUUCUUACGGUUCCUGGAGUCGCCUGAUUUCCAGCCUAAUGUCGCCAAAAAAUACAUUGACCAAAAGUUUGUGAUGUCCCUCCUGGAGCUGUUCGACAGUGAAGAUCCCAGGGAGAGGGACUUCCUCAAGACCAUCCUGCAUCGGAUCUACGGCAAGUUCCUGGGCCUCAGGGCCUACAUCCGCAGACAGAUCAACAACAUCUUCUACAGGUUUAUAUAUGAAACGGAGCAUCACAACGGAAUCGCAGAGCUCUUAGAAAUCCUAGGAAGCAUCAUCAACGGCUUCGCCCUCCCACUGAAGGAGGAGCACAAGAUGUUCCUGAUCCGCGUGCUGCUGCCCCUCCACAAAGUCAAGUCUCUCAGCGUGUACCACCCGCAGCUGGCCUAUUGUGUGGUGCAGUUCUUGGAAAAGGACAGCAGUCUGACUGAGCCGGUGAUAAUGGGCCUGCUGAAAUUCUGGCCCAAGACCCACAGUCCGAAAGAGGUGAUGUUCCUCAACGAGCUGGAGGAGAUCCUGGACGUCAUCGAGCCCUCUGAGUUUGUCAAGGUCAUGGAGCCGCUCUUCAGACAGCUGGCCAAGUGUGUGUCCAGUCCACACUUCCAGGUGGCAGAGAGGGCGCUGUACUACUGGAAUAACGAGUACAUCAUGAGUCUGAUCAGUGACAACGCAGCCAAGAUCCUCCCCAUCAUGUUCCCUGCUCUCUACAAAAACUCCAAGAGCCACUGGAACAAAACAAUCCAUGGUCUGAUCUACAACGCUUUGAAGCUCUUCAUGGAGAUGAACCAGAAACUGUUUGAUGACUGCACUCAGCAGUACAAGGCAGAAAAACAGAAAGAGAAGUACAAGCUUAAGGAGAGGGAGGAGAUCUGGCACAAGAUCGAGGAGCUGGCCAAGCAGAAUCCCCAGAUGACCAAGGUCUCCUUGCGGCCGGGCCUCCACCCACAGGAAGAGUACAUGAUGUACAAUGAGAGUGCAGGAGGAGUGCCCCUAUACUCUAUGGAAAUGGAGACGCCCACUGCCGAGGACAUUCAGCUGCUGAAGAAGACUGUUGAGACCGAGGCCACACAGGUAUCAGCACACUCACAGGGGAUGAAGGAGAUCAAGAAGGACAAGGCGCUGAUGCGACGGAAGUCCGAGUUGCCGCAGGACGUGUACACUAUAAAAGCCCUGGAGGCGCACAAGAGAGCGGAGGAGUACCUGACGGCCAAUCAGGAAGCCCUCUGACCAGGGAACAGUGGGGGCCCCCUCUGCUAACUCCUCCCCCUCCUCCGUCUUUUAUCCAUCCACCAAUCAAUCGCCUGCUGUACACCUGACCGCCCGCCUUCUUUUCACCCGCGCCCCUCUUAGUUUCCCACCUCUGCUGGAGAGAGCCCUGUCGUCAGAACACCCGGUCAUCACGAACUGUAAAAUGCCAACAAAUACCCGCCCUACACACACGCGCGCGUAUAUACAUACAUACACACACACACACACACACACUGUAAUCUGAGAGUACAGUGGGACGAUCAUUAGGUUGCACGCGGACAGCAAUCAGUUCCACAAAUAAUUGUGUAGGCCUCUGUGAAGCAUGUUUGUUUCAUUUUUGUUUCGGUCGGAGUUUGGAUUUGUUUCCGAUUUUCCUCAUGUUGGUCCACCCUUGUUUCUUGCUGUGCAAAGAGAGUACUGCCCCGACAUACCCCCGACACCCCAUGUAGGGGCAAGUCAGUGUUCUUCUGCUUUGUGGAAGUGGCGUGAGGGUUCAAAACGUUCUGGAGAUACAUAGCCUUUGUUUUAGCUAGCUUGUGUACAGGCAGGGUGAAUGUAUGUUUCUUGUACAUGGGGCAGCAGUUCUUCUCUGUCCGAAUAGCACCCAGCUAGCAAGAUCCAGGGAUUUAAUUGUUCAAGACAACAAGCCCCCUAAGCUCUCAAAGGCAAUGGAAAAGAGCUCAACAAAUUUGAGACUAUCACCUUUGAAACGAAUUAAUGACCCAGUUAUACCUCACGUGAAUUUUGGUUGCUCACAUUUGAGGACAUUGUGUGUCCUAACAUUGUUCAUGUCUUUGCAUCCCCAACUCAUGGCCUUACAGUGUCUGUCGAAGAACCAUCUCCCCUGGUUGGUUAUUUGUAAGCUAACGGCAUGAUUGUAAAACCCUAAAUGAUUGGAUUAUGUACGAAUCAAUGAGAAACAAUCACUGUACACUCAGAUGCAGGUGCUCGCAUGGAGUUCUAGGAGUGUUUUUUGUGUUCUGGUCUGUUUCUGACUUGUGUUUUUAAAUGUUUUGCUGUUCACUAAACGGAUAUGGCCAAAUACAGUAGAUUUAUUUUUGUCCUGUUAACUCCAAGGUAGUCCACUCUUAAAAGCACGUCACAAUCCAAACACCGAAUGUCCGUAUUAUCCGUACAAAGAGUCUUGCAAAAAAAAAAAUCUCAACUUGGCUGUAGAAGAGUUUCAUGCAAAAAUGUUGUAUUUUUGAUAAUUAGAGGGGGUAGCUCAAAAGUGAAUCAUGUCACUGUGUCAAAAUGAGACCUUCAGAGAACCUUUCAGUCAGAGGUGGACAGGAUGUCAGGGGUUUGUUCCUCAUGCUGUAGCCAUGUUGGACCGUAGGUUGCAGAUAUAUUCUUUAUUUGAGUGUUUUCCACAGACGCCGCCAUAGUUAUUACCAAUAACAAUA